UACGUUUGAAACCGAACACGAUACACUUGUGGAAAAAGUGAAAAAAAGUAGCCCUGAAUAAACAACCUUAUUCUUACUUUCUCUCUCUAUAUCUCUCUCUCUCUCUUCAAUCUGCUUCCCCUCACUCCGACCACCGACUGAAUUAAUCUCCGAUCGCCGAGAACAUUGUUUGAAGAUGGGUUGAUGGUGAAGCACUGAAGCAGAAUCACACAGUAAAAGCUAAAUUUUGUUGAAUCUCGAUUCGGAUUUGUUGAAAUUGUUGAAAUUAAUUGAGUAUUGGUGAUAAAUUUGUGAUAAUGGAUGAAAGGGGAGAAAGUUCAUCUUCUUAUAAUUUUUCCCCAAAUGAGUUUGUUCAUGCUCCGGUGACACCGGAUAAGCUGGGCUGGCCCGACGCGAAUAUGAUCAAAAAUUGGCUUGAAAAUCCGUUCAGAGAAGCCGGUUUUGAACAAAGGUCUGUGAUGAAUAGCUUUAGUUGUUGGGAUGGUGGUUUUGGGUCAACGAGUCAAAGUUACGAGAUUGCUGGUGGAAUGUGUGGUAAGUUUUCGGUGGAUGAUGUGGAAACGUGGAAUAGUAUUUCUUGUAGAGAUCUGCUGGCACUUGCGGAUGCCACGAUUGGAAAAGGUUGUGAUUAUGGUUAUGGUGGUGGUGGGUGGAUGAACUUGUGUGAUCUCAGUUCUUUACCACUGCAAACGGUGGUAGAUCCGCUAAUAAGCACGGGUCUGUCGCUGCAAUUUAUGCCAUUGACACCAGAUCAGGGCAAAAGGGUAUCUGAUAAAGAUGUUUCUACACUUGCUGAACAAACAAAUUUGAAUGAAACGCCACAACAGAAACCGAAAAGAAGAAAGCACAGACCGAAAGUGGUUACAGAAGGUAAACCCAAAAGGGCAAGAAAGCCCGCAACUCCAAAGCCCGCAACCCCAAACCCUGAUGGAUCCUCGACGGGAAAGAGGAAAUAUGUCAGGAGAAAGGGGGUUGAAAAGUCAACGGCAACACCCGCUGUAGAGGAAACAAAUGGCGUUGUGCAUCCGAGCCCAGAUCAACAAACUAAGAAAACAUGUAAGAGAAAGAUCGAUUUUGAUGAGUCUGAGAAACAGGCAGAAGAAAUGGUUGAUAAAGCAUGCCUGGUGACUAGCGAAGUAGUGGAAAAUUACCAAAAAGUACAUGAAACCGAGUCACCAAGCCCGAUCACCCCUAGCAAAACCGAGCUGCCACAGGAGAGAUUAAAAAGGAAGUACACAAAAGCAAAAUGUAAGAUAAACUUCUUACAAGAAACCCAUGAUAAUGGACCGGGUCAUGUGCCGGGUCCAAAUGAACCCGACUGCAGCACAAGUGUACGCAAUAAGAAAAAGAGUAACGCACCAGAAACGUCAAAAAAGAAGAAAAUAAUGGCGCCUUCUUUGUAUCAUGCUCACUUAGGGUAUAAUCCAAGUUUAAGAUGUGAAAGCAUAUACAAUAUCGAUGCACUAAGUAGCCGAUUUGAGCGGCUGCAUAUCAACACCGAUGCAAUUGUACCUUACAUGUCAAGAUACCAUGAGAAAAAUGCUCUUGUUGUCUAUCAACAGGACACAAGUCUUGUUCCGUAUGAAGGCUUGUUUAAUCCAAUGAAGAAAAGAAAGCAACGUCCUAAAGUUGACCUUGAUGACGAGACAAAUAGAGUCUGGAUGCUUUUAUUGGAAAAUAUAAAUAGUAAAGGAAUAGACGGGACAGAUGAGGAUAAGGCAAAGUGGUGGGAAGAAGAACGAAGAGUAUUUCGUGGGCGAGUUGAUUCAUUUAUCGCAAGAAUGCAUCUCAUACAAGGGGACAGACGGUUUUCUCAGUGGAAAGGGUCUGUUUUGGAUUCAGUGGUUGGGGUUUUCCUAACUCAGAACGUGUCGGACCAUCUAUCGAGUUCGGCUUUUAUGUCUCUUGCUGCACGGUAUCCCAUCAAGCUAAACACCAGCGGUGAACCGCUCCAUGAAGAGGAAUCAAUCCUGUCGGUUAAAGAACCAUGCCAAGUAGAUGAAUCGGGAGAUCGUGGUCGUGUUAUGUUGCAGGAGGCUGAUUCAUGCGACUCAAAAGAAGUUGUUAACAGUAACGAAUUUUCUAAAAAUUGUGUCGUUAGUGCCGACUUGAAUGACGGUUCAGAAUGUGAAGUUGCAGAGUUAUCUGAAAAAGAAUCGGUUAUAAAUCAUAUAGAAGUUGAAGAAAUAGUCUCUUCACAGAAUUCUGCAGAUACAUGCUCCAUGCAUAAAACCGAAGAACAAAAUGACAGGUGUAAAGCUACUAGUGGUGGGUACACAUCUUUUGUAGAGUUAUUGCAUAUGCAAGGACCUUCUGCUUGUGAAAGUGAAACUAUUCAAAAGAAUAGUGAAAAGUGUGCAAGUGAAGAAAGUGGAAUAUCAGCAGAAUCCGCAAGUCAAACUACGGUCCAGAUGGUCAACACAAUAAGCUCGCAAGAAUCAGCAAACAGUAACUGCACGGUGCAACAAGUUCUCGAAAUAACAAAUAGCUCGAUAGAGACUUCUAAAGCCAGUGGGACUAACAAUAUUGUUGAAGCCUCGGGAGAAACGGUGCAGAAGGUAGUUGAUUUUCAUUUGAAUAAAAAUGGAAGUGAUCAAAUAGUUAAUGGUAUGGAUGAGGGUCCUUCUAAAGCUAAAAAGGAGAAAACCGGAAAGACACAAAGUAAAGUUGACUGGGAUGAACUAAGAUUGCAAGCUGAAGUCGAACAAAAGAGAGAGAGAACACCGAACACAGUGGAUUCAAUGGACUACGAGGCGAUAAGGGCAGCCGAUGUAAAUGACGUUGCGGAUGCCAUCAAGGAACGGGGUAUGAACAAUAGACUCGCUGCAAGAAUUAAGGACAUGCUUGACCGGCUAGUAAAAGACCAUGGAAGCCUUGAUCUUGAAUGGUUAAGAGAUGUUCCACCCGACAAAGCCAAGGAGUACCUGCUAAGCUUUAAAGGCUUGGGCUUGAAAAGUGUGGAGUGUAUUCGACUUCUAACGCUUCAUCAUCUUGCUUUCCCGGUUGACACAAAUGUGGGACGUAUAGCUGUAAGACUCGGAUGGGUACCCCUUCAACCACUUCCCGAGUCCCUUCAGUUGCAUCUUUUAGAAAUGUAUCCCAUUCAGGAGACCAUUCAAAAGUAUUUAUGGCCAAGAUUAUGCAAGCUUGACCAGAGAACUUUGUAUGAACUGCAUUACCAGAUGAUAACAUUUGGAAAGGUUUUCUGUACAAAGACCAAACCAAAUUGCAACGCGUGUCCGCUAAGAGGAGAGUGCAGACAUUUUGCAAGUGCAUUUGCAAGUGCAAGGUUGUCGCUACCAGCGCCAGAAGAGAGUAUCACAGGUUCAACAGAAGAUCGAACUGGUCGAAAUCCAAUUCCGAUGAUAGAUCUACCUUCAUCUAGCGAACAACCCAAACAGCUGUCAGAAGUCCACGAUUGCAACCCCGUUAUUGAAGAACAGGCAACGCUGGGGCCUAUAGUUGAGGUACCGCCAACGCUAGAGCCGAUAGUUGAGGUGCCGGCGUCACCAGAACCUGAACAAAUUCAAGAAGAAGUGUUUGAUAUAGAGGAUUUCGGUGGAGACGCCGAAGAAAUUCCAAUGAUUAAGCUGAACAUUGAAGCACUCGCUCAGAACUUGCAAACGUACAUGGAAAGACAUAUGGAACUUGGAGAAGGUGACGUGUCAAAAGCAUUAGUCGCGUUAACGUCGGAAGCUGCUUCAAUUCCUACGCCUAAACUUAAAAAUAUCAGCCAGCUAAGAACAGAACACCAAGUCUAUGAGCUUCCAGAUUCACAUCCACUCUUGGAAGGGCUGGACACACGAGAACAUGAUGAUCCUUGCCCAUACCUUUUAGCAAUUUGGACGCCCGGUGAAACCGCAGAUUCGAUUCAGCCGCCAGAAGGACAAUGUAGCUCCCAAGAAUCUGGAACAUUGUGCAACGAAGAAACAUGCUUCUUCUGCAACAGCACUCGUGAAGCGAAUUCCCAAACCAUUCGUGGGACCCUCCUGAUACCGUGUCGAACUGCGAUGAGGGGGAGUUUUCCACUCAACGGUACAUAUUUUCAAGUGAAUGAGGUGUUUGCAGACCACAAGUCGAGCCUUAACCCGAUAGAUGUACCCAGAGCUUGGUUAUGGAAUUUACCAAGAAGAACAGUGUAUUUCGGAACUUCCAUACCGACAAUAUUUAAAGGCAUGACAACAGAGGAUAUUCAAUACUGCUUUUGGAAAGGGUUUGUUUGUGUGAGAGGAUUUGAGCAGAAGACAAGAGCACCGCGACCGCUUAUGGCCAGGCUACACUUUCCGGCUAGCAGGUUAAACAAACCAAAGCCAAAGACCGAUGAGAAAGAUAAAGUAAAGCAGUAGACAGUAGCAGACAUACAUGUUAGUCGUUUACAUGCAGAGUGGCAUGAGCAUGUUUUAGUGAUCAUAGUGACAGCAGUUAACUUGUUAAAGAUACUUUAUUAUGUUGGUUUUAUUCUAGAUUAAAAAAAAAAAGAGUUUAACCUGGAAUUAUUUUUCAGGCUA